CGGCUUCCUUUAUUUAAGGUGAAGAUGCUUGUCCUUUGGAGCGUACAGGCAAGAUAGGAAAAAGAAAAAGAACGAACAGAGAGAGAUGCGGGUUAUUCUCUACGCAAUCUUUUUAUUUGGGGUGGGAGCACAGCAGUAUUUUGGCAAAUAUAUAUGCCUGGUCGGCAGAAAAGCAGACUGAAGGCGGUCCUGCGGUUUGAUGUCUGGGUUAAGAGAGGUUGGUGUAAAGUGUGCCAAAAGAGGGACAGACAGACAGUACGGUCACGGAAUGAAUUCCCAGUGAUGUGUGUAAGAACCUUCACGUGAAGUUGUCUACUUUUCCAGAUUUAAAGAACUGAAGUCCUAUUGUUGAAAAGGUUUAUUUCAGUGAACUCUGAAAAACAUCCAUCUCUGUUUGUAGUAGUUGGAUCGACCUAGAAAGAAACUUUUUUUUUUUUUUUUUUUUUACUGUUUUCCAUAACCUGAGUAAAUCUGGAUAUCCCUCUCAUCUCUGGUAUUUUUAGUAAACCAUGUUCUUUUUUGUUGACUAACUACAGUAAACAGUGGCUGAACUGAUGAAGUAGGUUAUAAUUUUGGAGACAUUCCCUUGAGGUACUAAUAACAGUGGGUUUGCUUAAGGAGCACAAGCGCAUUAGAAAGGGGGGGGUACAAUUUUUAUUGCAGCUAAACCUUACAGCCACUUUUUGCUUAAAAAUGAAGUGCAUUGUUCUGUAGGACCAGUGGGCUACCAUUAAAAACGUUCAAGUUAUGUAUUAAAUACUUGUGUUGCUCAUUAAACUUCAAAGAUAGUGUCUCUAAAUUGUUACAGAAUUUUAUAUUUAGUGAGUACUAACACUUGGAGUUCUUAAAGCAGAAUUAUGAUUAGCUAUGACACUUGCAAGAAAGGUUGAGAUAGGUUAUCCUGAAUGAUUUGUAAACUUUCAGAAUUUGUCGUGGUUUUGAAGUAGAAUUCUGGAUUCAGUUUUGAGUAGUGUGAUUCUCUUGUGUGUGUCCUUUUUUUCAUACUCAUCUGAGUGGAGUUAGACAUAUAAAAUCUAAGUGUGAUGUUGAACGUGGUAGAUAAAUGAGGUUAGUCCCCCCCCCCAUUUAAAAUUGUGCUAACAGUCUAGAGUGGUUUUAAAGAGAAGUCAGUUCCCAUAUUUUGCAUUUUUCCUGAAAUAGUCUUUGUAGAUUGAAAAAAGUGCUUGAUGAUUUAAAAGAAAGGGGGGAAGGACUAAACUAGAUCUUUUAACAACAGCUUAGAUUGAUUUUGCAAUGUUCUUAAAUUUCCCAUGAGGAAUUAACAUGGGAUGCUACUUCUUUUCCCCAAAACUGAUCUGGAGCCUACAGCUUUCUAGGAGGUUGCUCUAGCACAGUAUUUUAAAAAUUCUUCAGGAAAUAUGCCUACUGCAAAUACUUAAAAUUCUUCAAACUUUCCUUGACUUCUGAAAAGAUCUACUGUAACAUGUUUGUUUCAUUUUGUUUCCUCCUAAAACUGAAUAGUUCUUACCCUUCAAGGCUCAGUAGUUUUGUGGGGAUUUUUUUGUUUCUUUGUUUGCUUGCUUGCUUUUUUUGGUGGAGUAUAUUCCAGUAGUUUUACAGGGUUCUUUAAAAAUCCAACAACUUGGGCUGCACACUAAGCAGAGUGAACAAAUGCUAAAACAGCUCAGUGAAGUAUAGUCACCACUGCUAUAAACAUAGAAGCUUACUUAAAUUAACCAGUGCCUGGCAGAAAAGUAAUUCAAGCCCAGAGGUUUUUCUGUUUCAGUAUUGUAUCAUUUAUGUGCAUGCAAGUUGUACUGCAGGUAAAAAACUGUACUGUGUAGAGCGGCUACUAGGAUCCUUGGGUUUUUUUUUUUUUUUUUUUUUUAACCAUAUAUAUAAAUGUGAGAUUUAAACACAUUUGGAAAUCUACAUUAAUUUAAAUGCAUGGGUUCGGGGGGGGGGAUUCUAUUCUUUGCAGAUUAUAUCUUGAACAUUUGUGCUGAUAGUUUGAUUAUAUGCAAUUAAGUAAUUAGUACUGUUGAUGUGCAAUAUAAUCUUCCAAGUGUAAAGGAAUCAAGUGAACGAAUUGUUUUGUUUACAGGGGUGGAAGUGGUGAGGGAAAGGUUUGAAAUGUUCAGGUGAGUAGGAUUCCUACAGCUGCAUAGUGAAAUUUGUAAGAUUCUGGUAAGUUUCUGCAGCUGAAGGACUUCUGCAUCCAGUUUUUUUUUUUUAAUGUUCUGUAAUUUUAAAAAAAAAUGGUUGCCUCUGGAGUGGAACUGGAUGUGUGGGUGGGUAAUUUUGAAGAAGUGAGUUUCUCAGUUAACCUUUCCACACUUUUUAAUGUCUACAGUAAUUUCCAAGCAGGUGGCUUUAAAAAGCACUGAUACUAUUAGCAUUCAUUUUUUUAACAGCCUUUUUACAUUACUUUCAAAACUGGACCUAAGUAAUUUUUAAACUUGCUCUUUAAACUAGAGGUUAAAUUGAAGAUGGGAAUUGUACAUUCAGAAGCAGUGUGAUGUGUUCAAAAAUUGUAGGGCAUCUAGUAAGUUUGUGUGAUCCCGUUUUUCUUGAAUAUCAGUAUUCAUUGUACUUUUGAUUCUUACUGUAGAAGUGGAUGGGUGGUGCUAGAUGCAGCUUGAAAGAUUAAAGGAAUCUAUAGCUGGUCAGGUGAAAAUGUGAAUGAAAAUUUGAGAGAUUGUGAAGAGGCACGGUCUGACCUGAUGGCGGACCAGAGCUAUGCUGAAGGCAGGGAACAGAUUUCCCUUCAUCUACCCAGUCUUGCCUACCCCGAAUAGUGACAUUGUUGCUGCAGUCAGUGAGCUAAGCAUUUAAGUCAAACGGUUUUGCCAUGGAUUGGGUUAUGAAACAUAAUGGUCCAAAUGACGCUAGUGAUGGGACCGUGCGACUUCGUGGAUUGCCAUUUGGUUGCAGCAAAGAGGAAAUAGUUCAGUUCUUUCAAGGGUUGGAAAUCGUGCCAAAUGGGAUAACAUUGACGAUGGACUACCAGGGGAGAAGCACAGGGGAGGCCUUCGUGCAGUUUGCUUCAAAGGAGAUAGCAGAAAAUGCUCUGGGGAAACACAAGGAAAGAAUAGGGCACAGGUAUAUUGAGAUCUUCAGAAGUAGCAGGAGUGAAAUCAAAGGAUUUUAUGAUCCUCCAAGAAGAUUGCUGGGCCAGCGACCGGGACCAUAUGAUAGACCGAUAGGAGGAAGAGGGGGUUAUUAUGGAGCUGGGCGUGGAAGUAUGUAUGACAGAAUGCGACGAGGAGGUGAUGGAUAUGAUGGUGGUUAUGGAGGCUUUGAUGACUAUGGUGGCUAUAAUAAUUAUGGCUAUGGAAAUGAAGGCUUUGAUGACAGAAUGAGAGAUGGAAGAGGUAUGGGAGGACAUGGCUAUGGUGGAGCUGGUGAUGCAAGUUCAGGUUUUCAUGGUGGUCAUUUUGUGCAUAUGAGAGGAUUACCUUUUCGUGCAACUGAAAACGACAUUGCUAAUUUCUUCUCACCACUAAAUCCAAUACGAGUCCAUAUUGAUAUUGGAGCAGAUGGCAGAGCAACAGGAGAAGCAGAUGUAGAAUUUGUGACACAUGAAGAUGCAGUAGCUGCCAUGUCUAAAGAUAAGAAUAAUAUGCAACAUCGGUAUAUUGAACUCUUCUUGAAUUCUACUCCUGGAGGUGGCUCUGGAAUGGGAGGCUCUGGAAUGGGAGGCUACGGCAGAGAUGGAAUGGAUAACCAAGGUGCUUAUGGGUCAGUUGGAAGAAUGGGAAUGGGGAACAAUUACAGUGGAGGAUAUGGUACUCCUGAUGGCUUGGGUGGUUAUGGUCGUGGUGGUGGAGGCAGUGGUGGUUACUAUGGUCAAGGUGGCAUGAGUGGUGGAGGUGGAUGGCGUGGGAUGUACUAAAGCAAAGCCAGCAAAGUCUUCACAGCAUCGGGUCUACUAGACUUUCUUACAGACUUACUUUCUUUUGUAUUUUAAAAACUUUAUAAUGACUGAUGGAAUGUUUUCAAAUUAUUUGGUAAAGUAACAGAUUGUGGUGGGGGAAAAAAAUCUGUUUUCUGUAGGUUUUAUUUGUUGCAUACUUUGACUUAAUAAAUUUUUAUAUUCAA